AUGGCCUGUGAUUUAUACUUUUUGAUUUUCACAACGUUCGCCUGCGUUAGCUGCGAAGCCUCCAGCGCCACAGAGACAAUGUGCACAGAGAUUACAGUAAAUAAAAGCUAUAGCUGUGAAGGUUUAGGACUGAGGGAGAUUCCUGAAAAACUACCUGUCACAACUGAAAUCCUCGACUUCAGCUUCAACGUGCUCCCUUCUCUCCAGAAUUCAACUUUCUCAGAGCUGAAGUCUCUUCUCUACUUGGACUUAACAAGGUGUCAGAUCAACUGGGUGUAUGAUGGUGCCUUUCACAACAACAAGCAGCUGAAGACAAUCGUGCUGACUGGAAACCUGCUCAUGUUUCUGUCUGACACAGCAUUCACUGGCCCACAGUCCCUGAAGCAGCUUGUCUUAACGCAGACAGGAAUAACCAGUAUGUCCUUUAUUCCAAUGACAAAUCUGGACAGCUUGGAUACCCUCAUCUUGGGAAGCAACCACAUCUCUUCGCUGCAGCUUCCUCCCAACUUCCCCACUCAAAACCUCAAAUACCUUGACUUUCAAAUGAACAACAUAAGAGCAAUCACAGCAGAAGAUGUCCGUGUUCUGCAGAAGACCAAUAAUAUAACUCUCAUCUUUAAAGGCAAUGACAUUACAUGCAUUGAACCUGGAGCUUUCCAGUCCCAUUUCUACAGUUUGGACUUCGGGGGCUGUGCUGACAUCCCUGGGGUCCUGGCAGGGAUACAGAAUUCCACAGCCCAGACCCUUUGGCUGGGAACAUUUCAUGGUAUGGAAAAGGAGCCCUACAUAAGCCCAAAUGUUUUACAAGGCCUCUGUAAUAUCUUUGUCAAGGAUCUCUAUCUGCAGCUACGGCACUUCAGAAACCUAAAUGCUGACAUGUUUCAGUGCUUGACCAUGCUCCGAAAGCUGGACCUAACUCAAACACACAUCAGCGCAUUGCCCCCCGGCAUCAGCGGCAUGAACUUGCUAGUGGAGUUAGUUCUCAACGCAAACUCCUUUGAGCACCUCUGCAACAUCAGCUCUGCUGCCUUCCCCUCCCUCACCCACCUCUACAUCAAGGGGAACUUGCAGGUCCUGCAUCUGGGCUCUGGCUGUUUGGAGAAACUGGAAAAGCUUCAACAUCUCGAUUUAAGUAAGAGUCAUAUUGAAAGCUUUGACUGCUGUAAUGAAGCCCUGAGCGGUUUGAGCAGUCUUCAGUACCUGAAUCUGAGCCACAACAUAAAGCUCCACCUCCAAGGCAUGCUCAUUAAGGAUGGUGCUAACCUGGAGCUGCUGGACCUAGCUUUCACACCUCUUCAUAUCAACACUUCACAGGGUCCUUUCCGAAAUUUGCAUCUCUUGCAAGUGCUGAAUCUUUCCUCCUCCCACAUUAAUACUAGCAUUCAGCAUCUCUUUCAAGGCCUGGAAAACCUCAUGCUCUUGGACCUUAGUCAAAAUAACUUUGAGUCAGGGAUCAUGCUAAAGGACGAACUGUUCCAACAGCUAUCCAACUUAGAGGUGCUAAUUUUGUCAUCCUGUGAACUGACAGCAAUAGGCAGACAAGCCUUUCACAACCUCAAGAAAUUACGGCAUGUUGAUCUGAGCCACAACAAACUUACUGCAUUCAGCACAGAUGCAUUUUCAAACCUCAAGAGCAUCUAUCUCAACUUUGCCCACAACAGGAUCCAUAUUGUACCACGUGACAAGCUAGUGUCCCUAGCUGGCCACUGCGUAAUCAAUUUAAGUUACAACCCUCUGACCUGCACCUGCUCCAAUAUUGGUUUCGUCUCCUGGUACAAGCAGAAUCUGGAUAAAAUUGAAGACCCUGAAGGAACAAGAUGCUCUGAACCCAAAUCGCUAGCUGGGGCUCAGCUGGCCACCGUCUCACUCUCCUGUGGGAUCAACACAUCAGGAAUCGUUGCAGUUAUCCUGGGUAUUUUAUCCUGUGGUGCCAUCUUCAUUUGGGGUGCUCGCUAUUUCAAGCGAAAUUACCAACAAAUAUAA